AUGAGAGGUGGUUAUGUUAGGAGAGGACACUCCCGUUCCCAUGAGCCCCCAGAAUCGUCGAGACGCAAUUGGGAGCAACGUUCAGCUAAGAAGAUAAGGAAAGGGGGGGAAGGUCUUGACUUUUCUGGAGACAUGUCACUAGUUCCAAGAGAAGAAGAUUGGAUGGUGGAGGAAAGAGAAGGUUGCCCCAAUGAAGAGCAGCCAACCAGACGAUCCUUCAGUGAGGCGGUGAAAGGUGGCAAGAAGCCCAUAGCCAUAGAAGAAAAGGAGAGUUCAGAAUCAUCAGACGAGUCUGAUGACGAGGAGGGAAAAUGCUUGCAGCCUGAGAUGGGAAGUAUUGAAGUUAUUAAUAUAGGGAAUGAAUUUUUCAUCGUCAAAUUCUUCUCUCAAGAGGAACUUGACUACGCUCUCACUGGGGGGCCAUGGAAGAUAUUUGACCACUAUCUCACUCUGAGAUUUUGGAAACCAGAUUUCAACCCAAUGGAGGCUAUCAUUGACACGGUGGCGGCGUGGAUAAGGUUGCCCGGCCUUGCUAUCGAAUAUUAUGAAGAUGAAAUGCUGAAGAAGAUUGGCAAUGUAAUAGGAAGAACACUGAAAGUGGACACUAACACAGCAGACAAGUGUCGAGGAAGAUUUGCGAGGCUGUGCGUUGAGCUAGACCUGUCACAACCAUUGAUCUCCCAAUACUCCAUUAAUGGAGUCCACUACUUGGUGGAGUACGAGGGCAUACACAAUAUAUGUUUCUCUUGUGGGAUUGUGGGCCAUGAAAAAGCAAACUGUCCAAGGAGAAAAACUGGGGAGAACGGUGGCCAGAAAGUCACAGAAGAGGCACAGAGAAAAGGAUAA